CCGACGUCGCGCUGUGAUGACGCACGCGGACAGCGACGCCGGCACAGUGCAACUCCACAAAAGAACAACUUUCAUCGAGUCUACUGCCAUAUCUGCUGCUAUUUAAUGCGUUAGUUUAUGUCAAUUAGUUGUCUGUAGGAGAAUGUGAACCGCUGGAGAAGACCGUGAGUCGCGGUACAAUUGGUCUCCUUUAGGGUUUGACUCCUGUUUUAAUAAUAGUUUUUGAAGCCGAGGAGGCGCAAGAACACACCUACAGCAGUGACAGACCGCGGGAAAAUGUCGUUAUUUCCUGUGCAAUGAAGUCUUGGCGCGACAUUACCGCUGUAAAUAACCGGAGGACAUAUAACAAUACGCAAACAAGAACCCCUUAAGAAACUGAGCCACAGAUAUAUACUUGGAAUAAUGGAGCAUUGGAACAUUGACACCAAUGAUGCUUCUGGUCUCUUGGUACCUGAUGUCAGUGAAGAUUCUGUGGAUAUCUACGAUGGCCUGGAUAUCGGUUCUAACAGCAAUGCAGAGAAGUCCUCUCCAAAUGCUUCGCAGCUGAAAGAGUCGAUGGAUCUUUAUGAAGAAAUUGUCACAGAGGAACAGCAGAGUAGAGAGUCAACAUACUCUGAGUUGAAGUCCAGAUUCCAAGCAGCCCAAAACCAAAUUAAAGAGUUGCGCAGGAGACUGGAGCAGAUGGAGAUGCAGAAUACAGGGUUGAAUACUGAGAACUACCGUCUCAAAAAGAACAUCUCUGCACUUUUACGAACAGCUAGACAGGAGGUGACACGAAAAGAUGCUGAGAUUCAGAGGCUGAACCAACGGUCAGAGAAAGGUCGACAUCAUCAUCAUCAAUCUCAUAUUAAUAAUCUGCGGGAUCAAAAUUCCUCCAGUCGGACUGCCACAGAUAGCUGCAAGAGUAGACCACCUCCUCCACCUCCCUCCAGUCCUCCUCCCCCUCAUCCACCUCUACCAGCCUCACCUCCCAGGGAGGAUCAUCCUCCAAGGGAUCCUCCUCAACCUUCCAGGAAAGAAAGUGAUAGUUCUACCUAUCAGCCCAGUGGAUCUUGCAUUGAGACAAGAGCUUCAAAAGCAUCAUCUCACAGUCAUUUAAAAAGUUCCUCAAGAGGACAUUGUGAUGUACCUAACAAACAGACUGACCACUUUGUCAGCAAAUCCAGUAGCAGUUCAUCAACCCGACAUAUUGAGUCAGACAAACACAAGUCCAAGCACAGAGAGGAAAAAUGUCAAAGUCAAAAACUAUCUGAAUCAACAGACAGGAGACAUAGAAUUGGUUCAGAUCCCAACAAGAACUGUUAUGCCCCUGAGAAAAACAGGUCUCACAAGGCAGACAAAGAAAAAGAACAAAGAUAUGGAUCCAGGUCAUGUAAAAGCAGGAACUAUCUAAAUGUUGAGGGGCACCACAGAGCAGAGAGGGCUAAAAGCCCUCCACCAGAGAUUUUACAUAGUGUAGCUUCCUCUGAUGACAAGAAAGGGAGAAGUAAAGAACGAAGACGAGAUAAAGCCAAAAUGUCCACAUCAGACUCUGAACAUAGUGCAGCUCACAGCUCUAAAGAGGGCUACAGCCGAGAUCAUAGAAAAAGUAAGACUGGUGAUGGAUAUAUCAGAAGUUCAGACUCGAAGGACCGGAAAAAGUCCUCUUCAAAUCAACAUGUUGAGCACUACAGUGAUUCCUCCAAAAACAGAGAAGGAGAUAGACUUUCAAAGGAUUAUCCAAGGAAGGAAGAUAGACAACGUGAAGUUGAAAUCAGUAGAAAGCAUAAAAGGAGCAUUCUGUCAGAGACAAGCAGAGAACGUGAGAAACAGAGAUCAAAAGAAUCAGACCAAGGUAAAGCGGAUAUCUGUAGUAAGGAAAGACAGGAAAAGACACAAGAGACCUUAAAAAGAUCAUCCGAAGAACCAAAUAUCACUGAGAAAAGCUUUGUGGAGGAAAAUAGUCCAAACAGGAAACUGUGUUUCAUGGAAACAUUAAAUCUAACCCUUUCACCAAUUAAGAAGCCAAUGCUGCCCAUUGAUGCCAGCCAGGUUGGCCUCACAACAGUGGACAAGGUAGUUGAAAACGAACCAGAUGAUGAGAAUUCACAGCCUAACGUUGAAGACAUGUGUGUUAUUGAUGAAGUAGACAGCAGUGAAUUAGAAGCAGGGUUGGAAGAUGUUGCAGAGCAAUCUCCAGAUAUCUCCAAAACUCCACGUUCUGAAAAGACACAGAAAAGGUGCGAUGAUGCAAAAGAUGUCCAGGAAAAGGACAAAAACCGGAGUGAAACUCCUGCAGCUGACAAGCAACUUGAAGACAAUUCAGUUCAAACUACCUCGGCUCAUAGCCAACCCCUAGAUACUGCAGAGAAUCAGAUGACUGUGCAUCUCACACCAAAAUCACCAGAGAGUAGUUCUGUAAAAGCAACAGAAUGGGACAUUUCAAAAUAUCAUGAGGAUAAAACCAAGCUGACCUCAGACAGCUAUGUAGAUGAAUGUGGACCUCUGGAGGCUGCAGAUGGUGAGAUGUCUGGAAGCAUUUAUGAAGAACACACAAGCAAUUCUUCACAAAAAGUAAACCCUAGAAAUAAUACUGAUCAACCUGUUGCUGUUACCGAACCCAUUGUGCAUGAUUCAAGUGUAGAACUGACAUGUAGAACUCCUAAAACUGCAGUACAGAAAAGCCUCCCUGUGGAUUCAGUUGAAGAAGGUGCAGCUGCUUCACCCUCAAGGAAAAAUCCUGUAGCUGACCAGAACAAUCCCAAAAGUCAGCAAUUUUUUCUACCUCAGGACUGUCAGCAAAGACUGUGUCCUCCUGCUUCCAGUUCCAUUCACGACAAAGAUGCUUUUUGUAUGCAAGAUGGUCCUAAAGAUGCAGAAGCUGUAUCCAGUACAAUAAGCCUGGAAUCACUUCCACAAGAAGGGCUGAGUCUUCCUGAGGCUAUUUAUGUUUUAACACAGGUAAAUAAAGACGCCAAUGACAACAGUAGCAUCGCAACUGAGCCAAGUUCUUCCACUGGCUGUGUCGCAGUGUCCAAAGUCAGCAGUACAACAGAAGAGACGACGCUGCCAGAAAGGUACAGUGACCCCACUUUCACACCAAGUAAUAGCUUCAGUCCUGGAAAGAGUCAUGAGGGUUAUGUUGAGCCUUCCAGUUCUGUGCCAUUACUCCAUGAUGAGGACUCCAUGAUGCGCACAUUGAGCAGUCUGAAGAGAAUCCCUGAUGCCAUAAGCCCUCUGAGGAGCCCAAUACGAAUAUCCAAGAGAAGUCAUCUCCAUGUUCAUGGCAAGCCAGGUCAUGUCAAGAGCCUUCAAAAAGAUUUCUCCAGCACAGCUGUUGAUGCCAACUCAGAGAAGUUGGACGUAAACAAAGAAAACAAAUAUCCGGGUUCUCCUGCAAACCAUGACAAGCAAAACUUGGUGGACAAGGUAUCCGACCUGCCUUCAAGGCUCUCUGACAAUGAACUGGAGGAAGGGGAAAUUUUAAGCGAAAGUGAUGAGGUGGCUGCAGGUUCUCCUAUUCCUGCAACCAAGAGGGCGAAGUUUGCACGACCAGUCAGAAAUAAACCAAGUCCUAAGUCUGUGUUAAAGAGGACAUCUGAAGAAAGGUGUGUUGCAUCAAAAGAAACUAAUGAAACAGCAGGUGUAUCGACACGAAGUCCAAAGAGUCGUUUUAAAACAGUUUCUCCUGCAGAAACUAAAGCUUCUUUUUCCACCAUAGAGAAAGUAAUGGAGACAUUCAAGUUGGUUCGUACUGAGAUCAGAAAAAAGUACAUGAAGCUUCAUAAAACCUUUCCCAAGAAGAGCUUUUAUGGUGUGAUGGAAAAUUUCCAGGAGUCUUUUUUAGAAUUUGUGGAUGGUGCUCAUUUUGGUCAAAUAUGCGCUCAGGAAGGGGAGCUGAAAUCCAAGCUAAAGAAAUUGAUUGCAUCUGUGUUUUGCAAAGUAUCAAAUAAUGGUAUUGUGAAACGCAUCUUUGAACAGCAAGCAGUCGAUCUAAAGCAAAAGUUGUGGGACUUUGUAGAUGUCCAAGUUGACUACUUGUUCAAGGAUAUUUACACAACACUGAAGAGCCUUUGCAACCCAGAAAGAGUUCAGGCUGAGGACAAGAGGCCCAGUGUAAAUGAGAAUGUAUCUAGACAGCCUCCUGCAAAGAAGUCACGGUGUCAACAAAAGGAAGCACAAUCUGCUCCAACCAGCCUGAAUCGAAUCACGCCUAGUGCUGUGGCACCUUACAAAACAGGCCUUGGAAGCAGAGGCAAAGAUAUCAGAAUCACACAUGUGGAAAAAGACAGGAAUGUUGAUCCGCAUCCAAGAAAUUGCCCAAAUACACAAACUGUGGUAGAUUUCCUUCUUCCUAAAAAUAUUCCUUCAACUCCAGAGAAAAAUAACAUAUCUUCUUUGGUUGUCUCUCAAAAUGCCUCUUUGCUUGACAAAACUGACUUUGAGCUUCUCACAGAACAACAAGCCUCCAGUUUAACUUUCAACCUGGUGAGAGACUCUCAAAUGGGAGAAAUCUUCAAGUGUCUCCUGCAAGGAUCCGACUUACUAGAAACCAGUGGCAUCACUGGAGACAACACCACCUGGUCCCUUGGUACACCAAGGAAGGAUGGAGAGAGACUCCUCAGCAUCACCACACCGACUAAAUUUGACUCUCCGUCUAAACUGCUUUCCCAGACGAAAUUUGAUACUCCCUCCAAACUUAUCGCAACAUGGUCUAGCAUUUCACCUUGCAAGAUGUCGUCUCCACGAUUCAAAGAUCAGAUCCCACUGAAUCCUGCUUUAUUUGAUGAAAGUUGCUUGUUAGAAGUGCCAUCAGAGAAUAGAGCAAUGUUACAGUCCAGCUUGGCUUCACAUAGGUCAUAUUCCAUUCUAGCUGAAGAUCUGGCAGUCUCCCUCACCAUUCCAUCACCUCUCAAGUCCGACAGCCAUCUCAGCUUCCUACAGCCAUCAAGCAUGCACAUCAUGUCCACUCCAGACAGUGUCAUCAGCGCUCACAUAAGUGAGGACACUCUGUUGGAUGGGGAAGACGCUACAGAACAGGACAUUCACCUGGCCCUCGACACAGACAACUCCAGCUGUGGCUCCAGCAGCAGCGUGGCCUCGGAAGGACUCGCCACACCUUUCGUGUUCAAGACUGACCUGCCCAUGCAGGCGCUAGUGAUGGAGAAGUCAAACGAUCAUUUCAUCGUGAAGAUUCGUCAGGCAGCCACUGGCGCAGAUACCACGCUCACUGCUGAUGACAGCUUAAGUCAAACACUAACAGAAGAAGAUCAGCAACAUAAAGAAGACGAUGUGCAGAAGGGUACUCCUUCAAAUUCUGUAUCAUCAGAGAACAACCUGUCUAACCUUGCUGAAAGCACUGGGAUCUGUCAGGCUGCCAUCGGUGCAGAUAUCCAUCUCACUCAAGAUGAGAGCUUAACACUAACAAAAGAUCCAUCCCACAAAAAAGAUACGCCAACUCAACAAAAUACCUCAAAGGUUUGUUUUUCUGAGAAUUCACAGAAACCUUCGGAGUCUCUGAAAAAUCUGCCUAAAAUUGCUCCUUCAGAUAACAGUUUGCACAAUGGUGUUCAAAGCUCCGAUCAUUUCUUUGGGCAUAUCAGCCAGGCAACCAGCAGAGAAGGUAUCACAGUCACUGCUGAUGAGAGCGCAAGUCAAACACACCACAGAGAAGAAGACAUGACAACACAACAAAGUCUCUCAAAAGCUCUUUUGUCAGAUAACAGUCCACAUCACCCUGCUGAAAGCUCUGAAACAUAUCAAAAGAGCCAAGUGUUGGCGUCACAUGUUUCAGACUCAGAGAGAGAUGAAAUGGAGGUGUCAGAGCCAGAGAGAAGUCUCACAGUUGGAGAGGACAUAAGCAGCACAUCAGAGAAAGACCAAACGGAUUGUGGCAAAGGUAGAAAACGGAAGAAGCACCAGGAGAAAUCAAAAGCUAAGCGGUCCAGAAAGGAGGAAGAGGAGAGCACAGAAGAGAUGUUGUCCAACUGCAAGAGUGAUAAUAGUGAAUCCAAAUCCUCCCCAGCAUCGCUGUCCCCCAACAGUCUCUAUGCCAGGAAUGUCAUCAGGAAGAAGGGUGAGGUGGUGAUGUCAUGGACCAGAGAUGAAGAUCGAGCUAUUCUAAUUGACCUUAAGACAAAAGGGGCUUCACGUGAGACUUUUUCUGCCUUGUCAGAGAAGCUUAAUAAGCCAUCAGGGCAGAUUGCUCACAGAUUUUACCAGCUCAUGAAGCUUUUUAAGAAGCAGGAGAAGAUGGACACUUGAUCCCUCUGACUGUGUGCUUUGUUUUAUGCAAAUAGUUCUUGUAUUAGAACAUUUCCACAAACAUACUGUGCCACCAACACAGGUAUGUAGGCUGCUGUUCAUGUGACAUGGUGCGCGAAGACGUGAAAGCAGGGUGGCAGUGGGAGUCAUUACAAGUCCCCAUGGCUCACAGGAUCGAUCCCCACAUAUACUACUCUUCCCAUCAAGAUCUGGAGCCCUGCAUACUCCCAUCAUCAGCUGAGUAGAAAUAUGGACAGCAGUUUUAGACAUGCUUUGUUUUCCAAAGGAAGGUCACUUUCCAUGAAGGUAUUAUGUUCUGGAUAUUGAACUGUACCUGUUCAUAGUAAUGUUCAAAAAUAGUGUGAAAAAUAAGAAUUCAACAAUAAUGACUCUUCCUCAGCACAACUGACAAGAUAGCUUGAUGUAAACGGUGAAGGAUUCAUUUAGUGAAAAUACAGUUAACAGUGUUAUUGUUUUUGAUGCACUUUUUGGUUUUUAGGAAUCCACACUGCAGUCACUACUACAAUAUCAAUCCUGGAUGCUGACGUCUGGUCCUCAGAGAAGCAUAUGACUUCAUCCUUGGUGCGGCAUCUAUACAUGCUUUUCUUUCCCUGCAUUUGCAGAUAUAAUACAUUGCAAAAAUGUUAGUCUCAAUAAGUCUGCAACAAGGUUGUCUUACAUCUAGUCCUAAACUGGGGGUUUUCUCAAAGCAGUUGGGAAAACUGCCUUUGGACUAGGAUAAUUCCAGGUUCCAGUGCUCAAAUUUUCCUAAAUUAGCUGACUUUAUUUUGUUCCUAAAAGUAGUGGACGCUCACUGUAAACAACUUGAAGCAUCACCCAUCAUAGACCAUAAAAUGGGACUAAUAGGUUGGGCCAUUUUAUUAUAAUUUUUUAUGUGAUAUUUUGAAUCUCAUUUUAAUGGAUGUAUUUUGUGUAUGGGGGGAGUGCUUGAUAUGUUUGAAGGUUAAAAUGUUUACAUGUCCAAUUCAUGUACAGGACAGUACAUUUAUCUCUGUUAUUACAAAUGAACCCUUUUAUCUGUGGGCCUAAAUGGGUUUUUGUUUGACCCAUCCUAUUGCUUAUAAACAGCAUGGAAUGCAAUAUUGUGAAUAUUGUGCGUAAUUCUUUACUGAAAAUAAAGUUUUAUUUAUUUGUG